AUGGAUCAGGGAGGCCAAGGAGAUUUGAACUGGCGCCUGAGCGCCCACCCGAUCACGCUACUUGUCUUCUUAGGCAUCCGGAUCGGCGCUUUGUUGAUGUACCUCUUUGGAGUCCUUUUUAUCGAUAACUUCAUUCUCGUCUUCAUCCUGACCCUCCUCCUUCUAUCUGCCGACUUCUAUUACCUCAAGAAUAUUGCUGGGCGUCGUCUUGUAGGUCUCAGAUGGUGGAAUGAAGUCAACACAGCCUCCGGUGACUCGCAUUGGGUCUUCGAGUCGUCCGACCCCAACGUCCGUACAAUUACGGCAACCGACAGGCGAUUCUUCUGGCUGAGUCUAUAUGUGACUCCAGCUCUGUGGAUUGGACUUGCUAUUGUGGCCAUCGUGUCAUUAGGUGGUGUCAUUUGGCUUAGCUUAGUUGUUAUUGCUCUCAUUCUGACUAUCACAAACACUGUGGCUUUCUCCCGGUGCGAUAAGUUCAGUCAAGCCUCGACAUUUGCCAACAGUGCACUGGGAGGUGGUAUUGUGACCAACUUGGCUGGAGGCCUGCUGGGCAGGUUCUUCCGCUAA